CCUGCAAGGAUGAGAUUCUGUCCAAAAUCGAUGCUCCUCACUCACUGGCUGCUGCUCAUCUCCGCUUUAAUGCUUUGCUGCAAGUUGCUGUCUGCAUCCAGUCACCACCCACGGGGCCACUCAGUCCGUCAUCAGGUCAAACAGGGCACAUGUGAGGUUGUUGCUGUCCACCGGUGCUGCAAUAAGAACAGAAUUGAGGAACGGUCGCAAACAGUGAAAUGCUCUUGUUUUCCAGGACAGGUGGCUGGUACAACUCGGGCUCAGCCUUCAUGUGUUGAAGCCUCUGUAGUGAUGCAGAAGUGGUGGUGCCAUAUGAAUCCUUGCCUAGAGGGUGAGGAAUGCAAGGUUCUUCCAGACCUUUCAGGAUGGUCCUGCAGCAGUGGCAACAAGGUCAAAACCACCAAGGCAAGUUUCCUGGGCUUCCUGAAGCUCACCAGUGAAAAGCUGGGGUUUGUCUACUUCCAUUACAGGUGCCAGAAGCCCCUCAUUGGUCAGACCAGCCCAACCGUUCAGAUGGUUAUUGUAACACCUCAAGUAGAUGACAGUCACGAGAGGAACCAGCAGCGAGAAGAGCUUCAACUCCAGCCAGAUUGGAGAGAGAAACCCUGA